UGCAAGUGUACAAAGAAAUUGACGGUCUUCAUUUCUCCGAGUCCGCCUUCCGCAUUAAUAAUGGCUUUACGUACCCAAACGGCACAGGGUUAAUGCAAUUAGUCAGUCCUGGAGAUAACAACUUGUAUAUACGUCUGCUAAAUCUAGAUGGCACAUUGACGCCUCUUAAUGUGUCGUUAGAUUGUAAUUCCUAUUGCUUAAAGCAUGCUUACCCACUUAAUGAUGGAUAUGUGUUUGUAAUUGUAACACAAAGUGAAAAAAAAAGUGUGUAUGGAAUGUUGAUUGAUUGGAGUGGGCAGGUAUUGCAAAGCAAUAUAACGCUUACUGGUAUUGCUGACUACGAUUAUCGUUAUCUGACAUCAAAUGCAAAAGCUAACGUCGACCCAGAUACGGAUUUUAUUGUAGUAACUGGAGACAGGGAUACAGUUUCAUGGAAAAUUUUCAACGCUCCGAAUAGCACGGGUAUAACCGAAUUGCACAAUGGCAUUCUGGGAAAUGAUGACAAAAUUCUGCAAGGUUACGAAAUCUUUCCCACUACAGAAGGCGGUUAUGGCAUAGCCCUUUUAAAAAGUGUAUCAGCAUUUACUCAGGAUCCGCGCAUCUCUCAAACAUUUUCCUCUUCGCCACAAUGGCUUUUAUAUGUUACAUUCUGGCAACCCGAUUCUUCAGAAUUCGACACGCCUCGUAUAGUCUGGCAGAACCCCAACCCACUCGCUAUCUCAUCGAUAAUUGGGUGCGAAGUAGAUCUCGAUGGAUCAGGAUACUUUUGUCUUGUACUUGCGCCUGCAGGCAACGCUUGGGAAUACGUGAGAGUGGCAUUCCUAUCUAGUGGUUCUGUAACCGAUAUUAACGUGGUGGUAGUGAAUGAUGCAAAUAAAACGACAAUGCAUGGAAUACGGCAACUGCCAUAUGGCGGAUUUCUGUCUAUAGAACAGAUUACUGAGGCCACGAUAAAACGUUAUGACUCAACUAAUGAUCAAUCACAGAGAACAGUACAGCAGAUUAUUGGUGAUCUUGAUGAUUUAAUUAAAAACAAGUACUAUAACGCGUUUUCACAUGAGUACCCUACUAGUUACCUAGAUGAAACGUAUGGGUUUGUACGUACCGCCAAUUCUUGGGAAGUUUACAAGUUUAAACUAAUCGGGUUGUUUGCUGGUAUCUUGGUACUAUUAAUAAUAUACUUUUUUGCAAGAUGGAAAUAUCCAGAGGGUCAAAGUUUUCAUAUUGUAAAGAUUGCACUAAUACUCGCAGAUCUGAGUCUUGAUGUAGCAUUUGUACUCUUAAGUGCAAAGAAUGUUCCAAAAAUACAUAUACCAAGACUUUUAACAGUUUCAUAUGAUACUAUUCCAUUUUUGUCAUUGGUUAUGAGCUCUAUCAUCUUGAUUUCUAAUAUUAUCGGACAUGUUUAUGGUGGAUGUAUAAGAUGGAAAGAAAAGGAACGAGGCCACAGCAUACCAAAAGAGGAAAUACUCGCCAUUACUGCUGAUGUACAAGAGGAUGAAUGA